CAGCUGGUGUUCUGUCACACCACACUUCCCGUCACUUAUACAUCCAUCGAAGAAAUAAACAAACCAUUCCAUUUAAAAUGUGAUUUUUUGUAUAAAAUCGAAAGAUAAAAUCAUUCACUAUGAAUUUAGGGGGAGCCAUACAUAUUAAUAAACCGGGGCUUCUUUUGGUUUUCAUUGUGGUCGCACUAUUCCUGUUUUAUUUCUUCUCCAAAAGUGCUGAUACUUCAUCAGCAAUCAAAGACGAAUUUAAAGAUUCAAUUGAUCUAAGCAAUUUACUGAUUGUUGCAAUCAAAGCGGCUCAGAAUGGAGGAAACGAGGUUCUUAAAACAAAGGACAAUCUUAAAAUUGACUCAAAAGGUAAAACUGGAGAAGGCAUUAAUGAUCCAGUAACUACAGCAGAUUAUAAUUCACACUGUGCUAUGGAAGCAACUCUCAAACAUCAAUAUCCUGAUAUUUCAAUUGUUUCUGAAGAAAAUAAAGUCAUGUGUAACAACAGCAUAGUAUAUGAUUACUCUAAACCAAACAAUGUGAAGAUUGAUGUAAUGGACAGUAUCAAACCAAAUGUAAUAAAACUGGAAGAUAUUACAAUCUGGAUUGAUCCAUUAGAUGCCACAAAAGAAUUCACAGAAAAGCUUUAUCAAUAUGUUACAACAAUGGUUUGUGUUGCUGUAAAGGGAGAGCCCAUUAUUGGAGUUAUACACAAACCUUUCGAAAACAAAACUUACUAUGCCUGGGUUGGAAAAGAAGAAAGAAAUUUAAAAGUUGGUUCAAGUGAUGGAACCCAAACUAAAAUUGUGGUGUCAAUUUCUCAUAGGGGGACAAUUGAGGAGGUCCUAAAGAAGAAUUUUAAAGAUGUCAAAGUUAUCACUGCAGCUGGUGCUGGAUACAAAGUACUUGAAGUUGUUGCUGGUAAUGCUGAUGCAUAUGUACACAACACAGUUAUCAAAAAGUGGGAUAUUUGUGCUGGGAACGCCAUUUUGAAUGCAAUUGGAGGCAGAAUGACCACAAAAAACAAUGCUGUCAUCAGCUAUUUUAAUGAUGGCCAUCCUGUGAAUACAGAUGGUCUGAUAGCCACAGUAAAGGAACAUGAUAAAUAUGUUGGAAAAAUUUAAACACUCUGAGUCUGAAAAUAUUCCAAAAUCUAUAUAUGCAUGUGCUAUUAGAUUACUAUUCAAUCUAAAUAACUAGCAUAUCAUAACUUACUCUGUGACAAAAUAAUUACUGUUGUCAAUUUUUAAUAUUUUUUUGUUCCUGCAUUAAUGUAUUGUAUGGUAUUGUAUUGUAUAAAAUAGUUUAAUAUAAAGGGAGUAAUAUUUUUAA